CUUGGCUGGGUGCACACAUACAAAUCUGUCUAGAAUAUUUUCUAUCAUGCUUCACAGUGUUGGUCUUGGUGAUCCAACAGCAGCCACAGUCGUCUAUCCACAUUUUACACCAUUCCCGCCUACAAAUGCAUCAUCGCUCACCAAUUCGCUUAGUCCAAAUGAGACCUCUGGUCAGUUCACAAAUACCAAUGGUAUGUAUACAUCGACUACAGCAGCAGCUGCGGUAGCCGCAUUGACUGCAGCUGCAGCCGCUUCUGCUGGUCUGCCAUCAAACAUUAAAGAUUCAAGAUGGUUAACACUAGAAGUAUGUCGGCAGUAUCAAAGGAAUCAGUGUUCACGAGAUGAAAAUGAAUGCAAAUUCGCUCAUCCGCCAACACAUGUUGAUGUGCAAAGUGGACGUGUUAUUUGCUGUUAUGAUUCAAUUAAAGGUAAAUGUCAACGUCGUGAUCCACCAUGCAAGUAUUUGCAUCCACCACAGCAUUUACGUGAACAGCUAAUACAGAACGGACGAAAUAACAUGAUUAUGAGAAAUGUACAGUUCCAGUUAUUACAACAGCAAUUAUUAGCUCAGAGUGGUGUUGGCUCAUUAGCUGCAGCUGCUGCGGCGGCGGCAGCCGCUGCAGGUGGUGGUGGUGGCCCGAAUGGAGUGAACCCGACGCAGGGAACACUGACAAACAAUUCUAAUUCGCUUGUUUACACAACACCAGCUGCUUUAGCACUUGGCAGUCAGACUGCUCCACCUGCUUAUCCACUACUUAAUAUCGGCUUUGCGCCUUAUUUGAGUGCGAUCACAGCGUCUGGGAUGACAAGCUUACACGGUGUUCCAAAUCUACCCACGCAUAUAUCUACGAGUACACCACGUCAUUUGAUCAAUACUGGGAAUACAAUAAAUGGUCUAUCGAACAAGAGAUCUAGUCUACCAGAAAAUAAAAGUGAUUUUCAAUCAAUAUACGCUCCACGUGGUGCUGUAAUGACACAGGUCAAUGGAAAUAAAUUAGAUUCUCAAAAUGAUAAUCAUCAUCAUCACCAACAUCAUUUAAAUGGUGGGUCGACAGUAUUGAUAAAUGGUAGUAACAGUAAUGAGACAGGAAAAGUGAAAGAACACAGUCAGUCGCCUGGAACACGUGUUAGUUCUGCUGUUUCAAAUAGUACCAAUUGUGGUGGAGCUGGUGCCACUAGUGGCGGUGUGAAUAGCACUAACGGAAAUAAUAUGGCUGCAACUGCGGCAGCAGCUGCGGCUGCAGCAGCGUUUUUUAGCUUACAACAGCAGCAGCAACAACAACAAUCACAACAGCAGAAUUCCAUUAACUUGGGUUUGCCACCACAUCCACAUUCUAUUCCACUGACAGCAGCAUCCUUAGCUGCGGCAGCAUCAUUAGCAGCUGCAGCUAAUGGAGUUAUUGGACCUCAUAACACCUUGUCAUCUCCUUUCCCCGUUGCAUUACCUGAUCAUACAGGUUAUUUUCAAACUCCUUAUCAUAUUGAAAUACCAUCAUUUUCUUAUCAGUAA